CCGUGCGGAUGGUGUAGCCGGACGGACGUCUCGGCGGUGCGUUAUUGAAUGAAAAUCCUUUUUAACGGGCAUUAAUUCUACUCAGUUAAUGGGGAAAUUAACUUGAUUUGUUUGUGUAAUUUAUUAACUAAUUUUGUUUUAAUUAGCAUGUAAUUACGGUGUUUUUAUCACUAUUUAAUAUUAAGGAGCGAGUUAAAAGGCUUAGUGUCGUAGGCCUUGAGCAGUCGCCGGUGGUCGAUUUUAACAAUAGCCGAGAAACAUUCUCUCUGAGCGUGCAUACUGCCUUCAUGAGACACGCUCUCAGAAACUCAGCUCUAUUGCAGCAAUAAAUAAACAAAGAAAGGAGACACCACACAAGCCCGGAUGGUGCCCUGAGUUGAGGCGUUUGCUGACUACAUAUGGACAGUUUCUAAUUGUUUUUCUUGGGAGACACACACACAAAAGAAAAUGUCUAACGGUGCAGCGGGAAGCGGUGGCUUAACAUGGGUGACCCUCUUUGACAAGAACAAUGGUGCGAAGAAAGACGAGCUGAACGGCCGGGGAGAUGCAGGCAAGAGUGAGGCGGGGAAGAAAGAGACUUCUAAGAAGAUGUCAGUGGAGAGGAUCUACCAGAAGAAGACUCAACUGGAGCACAUCCUCCUGCGACCAGACACUUACAUCGGCUCGGUGGAACCCGUCACUCAGCAAAUGUGGGUUUUUGAUGAAGAAAUUGGAAUGAACUUGCGGGAGAUCACAUUUGUCCCUGGAUUAUAUAAAAUCUUUGAUGAGAUUCUCGUCAAUGCAGCUGAUAACAAACAGAGAGACAAGAACAUGACCACCAUCAAAAUCAACAUCGACCCGGAGUCAAACACUAUCUCAGUGUGGAAUAAUGGGAAGGGGAUUCCAGUGGUGGAACACAAAGAUGAGAAGAUGUACGUGCCGGCACUGAUCUUUGGACAUCUCCUCACUUCCAGCAACUAUAAUGACAAUGAGAAGAAAGUCACAGGUGGCAGGAACGGUUAUGGUGCUAAGCUCUGUAACAUAUUCAGUACAAAGUUUACAGUGGAGACGGCCUGCAAAGACUACAAACGCAACUUCAAACAGACGUGGCAGGAGAACAUGACAAAGACCAGUGAGGCGAAGAUCAAGUUCUUUGAUGGAGAAGAUUUCACAUGUGUCGUGUUCCAGCCUGAUCUGGCCAAAUUCAAGAUGGAGAAACUGGACAAGGACAUCGUGGCUCUGUUGACCCGCAGGGCGUAUGAUGUGGCAGGCUCAUGUAGGGGUGUUAAAGUCAUGCUUAAUGGAAAGAAACUGCCUGUGAAUGGUUUCCGCAGUUAUGUGGAUCUGUAUGUGAAGGAUAAGCUGGAUGAGACAGGUGUUGCUCUGAAGGUGGUGAAUGAGACGGUGAAUGAGCGCUGGGAAGUGUGUCUCACUAUGAGUGAGAAGGGUUUUCAGCAGAUCAGCUUUGUCAACAGCAUCGCUACCACUAAGGGCGGCAGACAUGUUGAUUAUGUCGUGGACCAAAUAGUGGCAAAGUUAAUUGAAGUGGUAAAGAAGAAGAACAAAGCUGGAGUCUCCGUUAAACCAUUCCAGGUUAAGAACCAUGUGUGGGUGUUUGUGAAUGCUCUCAUCGAGAACCCAACCUUUGAUUCCCAGACCAAGGAGAACAUGACUCUGCAGACCAAAAGCUUUGGCUCCAAAUGCGCUCUCUCUGAGAAAUUCAUCAGAGCGGCUACAAACUGUGGUAUUGUGGAGAGCAUCCUGAACUGGGUGAAGUUUAAAGCUCAGACGCAACUGAAUAAGAAAUGCUCCUCUGUCAAACACAGCAAGAUUAAAGGAAUCCCCAAACUAGAUGACGCCAAUGAUGCUGGUGGGAAGCACUCUUCUGAGUGUACUCUGAUCCUGACUGAGGGAGAUUCAGCAAAGUCUCUGGCCGUGUCUGGAUUAGGAGUGAUCGGGAGAGAUCGGUAUGGAGUGUUUCCACUCAGGGGAAAAAUCCUCAAUGUGAGAGAGGCCACACAUAAACAGAUCAUGGAGAACGCAGAAAUCAACAACAUCAUUAAGAUCGUGGGUCUUCAGUACAAGAAGAGCUAUGAUGACUCAGAGUCCCUGAAAAGCUUACGCUAUGGAAAGAUCAUGAUCAUGACCGAUCAGGAUCAAGACGGCUCUCACAUCAAGGGUCUCCUCAUUAACUUCUUCCAUCACAACUGGCCAUCUCUGCUGAAGCACACCUUCCUGGAGGAGUUCAUCACACCCAUUGUCAAGGCUAGUAAGAACAAACAGGAGAUGGCGUUCUACAGCAUCCCAGAGUUUGAGGAGUGGAAGAAACACACAGAAAAUUAUAAAACAUGGCACAUAAAGUACUACAAAGGUUUGGGUACCAGCACUAGCAAAGAAGCAAAAGAAUAUUUUUCCGACAUGGAGAGACAUCGAAUUAUGUUUAAAUACAACGGCACAGAAGAUGACGCAGCCAUCACACUGGCGUUCAGUAAGAAGAAAACAGAUGACAGGAAAGAGUGGCUGACUAACUUCAUGGAGGACAGACGGCAGAGGAGGAUGCAUGGACUGCCUGAGCAAUUCCUGUACGGCACCUCGACACGACACUUGUCCUACAAUGACUUCAUUAACAAAGAGUUGAUCCUCUUCUCCAACUCAGACAACGAGCGAUCUAUUCCCUCACUUGUUGAUGGUCUGAAGCCUGGUCAGAGGAAGGUGUUGUUCACCUGUAUGAAGAGGAAUGAUAAGAGAGAAGUCAAGGUUGCCCAGCUGGCUGGAUCUGUGGCUGAAAUGUCUGCUUACCAUCAUGGCGAACAAGCCCUGAUGAUGACCAUUGUCAAUUUGGCCCAGAACUUUGUUGGCAGCAACAACAUCAACAUCCUUCAGCCUCUCGGUCAAUUUGGUACUCGCAUCAACGGCGGUAAAGACGCUGCCAGUCCUCGUUACAUCUUCACCAUGCUCAGUCCAUUGGCCAAACUGCUGUUUCCUGCGGUGGACUCGAGUCUGCUGAAGUUCCUGUAUGAUGACAACCAGAAGGUGGAGCCAGAGUGGUACAUUCCCAUCAUUCCCAUGGUGCUGGUGAAUGGAGCUGAGGGCAUCGGGACUGGCUGGGCCUGUAAGAUCCCCAACUAUGACCCGCGAGAGAUCGUUAACAACAUCAACCGUAUGCUCAACCAUCAGGACCCUCUACCCAUGCUGCCCAGCUACAAGAACUUUAAAGGUGUCAUUCAUGAGCUGGGGCAGAACCAAUAUUUCGUCAGUGGAGAAGUGUCCGUCCUGGACAAAAACACCAUUGAGAUCACAGAACUUCCCGUUCGCACCUGGACUCAGGCAUAUAAAGAGUCAGUUCUGGAGCCCAUGCUGCAGGGCACAGAUAAAACUCCUCCUUUGAUCAGUGACUAUAAGGAGUACCACACUGACACUACGGUGAAGUUUGUGGUGCGUAUGACAGAGGAGAAGCUGGCACAGGCUGAGGCAGCCGGUCUUCACAAGGUCUUUAAACUGCAGUCCUCUCUCACCUGCAACUCCAUGGUGCUGUUUGAUCACAUGGGCUGUUUGAAGCGCUAUGAGUCUGUGCAUGAUAUCCUGAAGGAGUUCUUCGAGCUGCGACUGCACUAUUAUAAACUGAGGAAGGACUGGCUGGUGGGCAGUCUGGGAGCAGAGGCUGCCAAACUCUCCAACCAGGCUCGAUUUGUGCUCGAGAAGAUCGAAGGAAAAGUAUCAAUCGAGAACAAAUCAAAGCGAGAUCUUAUUAGAAUGCUGGUACAGAGAGGAUAUGAGUCUGACCCUGUCACUGCCUGGAAUAAAGCCCAGGAGAAGUCAUUGGAGGAUGAGGAUAUUGAUGGUAAUGAGAGUGACAGUUCAGUGGACUCUGGCUCUUCAUCUGGACCAAACUUUAAUUACAUCCUCAACAUGCCACUGUGGUGUCUGACGAAAGAGAAGGUGGAGGAGCUCCUCAAACAAAGAGACAUGAAGAAAACAGAGCUAAAUGAACUGCAGAGGAAGAAUUCAGAGGAUCUGUGGAGAGAAGAUCUGGCCGUCUUCAUAGAGGAGCUGGACCGUGUGGAGGAGCAGGAGAAGGAGAGUGUGAACUCUGGGAGGGGCAUAAAGCUGGUGAAGGGGAAGGUGGGGAAACCCAAAGUGAAGAAGAUGCAGUUGGAGGAAACGCUGCCCUCUCCGUUCGGCCGCAGGAUAGAGCCACAGGUCACACUCACCAUGAAAGCUGACGCCUCCAAGAAACUCACCAAGAAGAAAAAGGGUGAAUUAGAUGCAUCAGUGAAGUUGGAGUUUGAUGAGGACAGUGCGCUCGGUUCUAACGGGGGAACAGCAGAAAAUUCACUAAUCUCUCCAUCAGGCCUGCCAAACCCAGGAGCCAAGCCCAAAGCCCCACGCAUCAAGAGAGAGAAGAAAGAACCUGGUGCCCCGAGACAAAGGAAGCCCACAGGUGCUAAAUGUCCUGGUAAAAAGUUGAAAAAGAGGAAUCCGUGGUCAGAUGAUGAAAAAGAAGAUGAGAGAUCAGAUAACGAGCAGGAUGAAAAUGAACUCUUUAUUCCCAGAGACACAACGUCCAGACGAGCAUCAGCGGUGAAAGCCAAGUACACAUUUGAUUUCUCAGAGGAGGAAGAGGAUGAUGGUGAUGAAGAACAGGAGAAUGAUGCUUCAGCCUCUCCAGUUCACUCCUACAAGAACACAGUGCAAAACAAUGAUGAUGAGGAUGAUGAUGAUAUAUUCCCUCCAAAAACCACAUUCACUUCGUCCACCUUGCAAGCAGCAAAGAAGAAAGAGUCAGAGAGUGUGUUCUCAUCUAAACCUGCCUACACUGACAAGAGUAGUGAUGACGAUGUGAAGUCAGAAAGUGAUGAUGACAGGGGUCAAGUGUUCUCCACGUAUUCCAGCAGUUCUGCUUUUGAGAAACCAUCUCCAGCUAAAAAAGCUAAAAGGCCUGCAGACGCAGCACCUAAACAGAAGAAAGCUCCAGCUAAAUCUAAGAAGCCUGAUGUAUCUGCCUGGGACUCAGAUACAGACGUUAAAAAAGCACCAGCAGCAGCUAAACGGGGCGGUAAAGGUCGCGGCAGAAAGAGGAAACCAUCAGGCUCAGAAGAGGAUGAUUAUAGCCCUGUGAAAAAGACUGGAAAGACUACCACAAGCAGGAAACCAAAAAAGGCAUUGUCUGAUGAUGAUGAUGAUGAUGAUGAAGAUGCAGGCAUGAACAGCUUCAGUCGAUUUGACUCAGGCAGAGAUCGGUCCGGUCGAACCAAGAAAGAAGUCAAAUACUUUGUAGAGUCUGAUAAUGAUGACGACGAUUACAUGUUUGACUAGAACACACACACUCAGUCCAGAAAGAUACUUGUUGAAGAUCAGCUUCACUGUCCUCUGCCCAGCAGAAUUUUGUACAUUUUACUCUCCAUUUUAUUUUUUCUUUAAAUGUGAUGUUCAAUUCUUUCUACUGUGUAGCUGUUUUACUCUUUUUUAUUAUUAUUGGUAUUAUUAGUAAUAAUACAUUUACAAUGUUGUUUUUUUAUCAUUGAAUUGUAUUUGUUCUGAGCAGCUUUUAGAAGUUUAGACCGCUGUGCUGAAGCACCUUGUAAUGGUUCAAAGUAAGAGACAACGCAACUUUUUGAAAUGACUUGGAAAUAAACAUGAAAUGUAAUUUAA